AUGGGGGAAAGGGAUUCUAAGGCCAGAUUGCUUAGCUGUCUCACCCCAGAUGGUAUCCAGAAGUUUCAAAUAAAGGCUGCUUGUGGAACGCUGGAUGAUGCUGCAGUAGCCCGCAGCAGCAGUCUGAAGGCUGGGCUGAAUGCUGGACCAGGCAGGACAGAGUCAGGAGCACCGGGAGGUCACCACCAAAUCAAGCAAGGCACCUGUGAGGUGGUUGCUGUCCACAGGUGCUGUAACAAGAACCGUAUUGAAGAGCGGUCACAGACAGUCAAGUGCUCCUGCUUCCCCGGACAGGUGGCUGGCACAACGCGGGCUCAGCCUUCUUGUGUUGAAGCUUCCAUCGUGAUUCAGAAAUGGUGGUGUCACAUGAAACCUUGUUUGGAAGGAGAGGAUUGUAAAGUGUUGCCAGAUUACUCAGGUUGGUCCUGUAGCAGUGGCAAUAAAGUCAAAACUACAAAGGCAAGUAUAGACAAAAUUACUCUCACAAUUUGAGCACCUUAUUGAUUUUAUCCUGCCAGCAAGAGAACAUUACU